AUGAGGAGCUGGAAACCAAACUACGGAAAGAGGUAUCAAGGAGCUCUCCGCCUCCCCGCCGGGCGGUCCCGCGGGGCUCCGCCGCUCUGCCGCGCCGCCUCCGGACAGACCCGCCAGCGGUUCGUGGAGUCUGCGGAGGAAUACCGCUUCGUGGAGCGGCUUAUUCCGCCCUCGCGCAUCCCGGUCCCGCCGAAACACGCCGGCCCCGCACCGUCAGGCUGGAUCCCCCCUGCAGACAACCCGCCGCCGCUGCCCUACAUGGUCCGCCGCUCACGGAUGCACAACAUCCCGGUGUACACCGCGACCCACGGGAACCGCAAGAUGACUCUGAUCCGGAAGGUGGAGGGAGACAUCUGGGCUCUGGAGCGGGAGCUGAAGCAGUACCAGGAGGUGACCGGCAAGGAGCUGCCCACGCAGGUCAACGAGGACAUGACCAUCAAGGUCAAAGGUCACUUCGACACAGAGCUUAAGGACUGGCUGGCAGGGAAAGGCUUCUGAAGGGGACCCUGGACCUGGACCUGGACCUGCUCCGCUGAUGGACUGGACUGCUCAGAAUCCGGCUUCACUGUCUCAGCUGUACAGUUUGUGUAAAAUUAAAUAGUAAAGACCAACCUGCUGCGUAGCAGCGUCCAUUUAUUCUCCAGAAAAUCACUUCUGUUGUCUUUGAUUCUCUUCAGGAAAAUGAACCAGCACUCAGCAUGAGACACACCUGUGGUGUGUGUCCCAGACGAGGGACAGACGCUGUAGGAAAUAUUUUAACAGAUCUUUAACUGUGGAGAAAGAAAAAGUCAGUGAAUGUUUUAAACUGCAGCUUGUAACAAAGACAUUUAUUCAGAUAAGAUAUGUACAAUAUGAACAAAAAAUGGAUGAAGUAUGAGAAUGUCAUACAGUUGAACACACACUCAUGAGUGGAUAAAACACCACAGCUCAGAGUGUGUGUGUGUGUGUGUUGUCAUUGUCUGGACUGCAACAGAGAGACGUAGUCCGAGAUUUGUGUCUUCAGUUCCUCCAACAGUUCCGCUGCAAAAAAAAACACACAUUUUAAACCAACAGGUAUAGGUGUGUGUGUGUGUGUGCGCGAGCCUGACAUACGUAAUGCGUGCUUCACUCCUCCGCUCCAGUACUGAGGUUCUGUUUGGAGCCGAUUUGCUUCUUUUGACACAGAUGCAGAAGCUUCAGGCAAUUCCUUCAGUAUUUCCAGCUCCUAAGGGGGAAA